CCCAGCGACAUCACACAACACCGCCGCCAUGCCUACCCGUCUCACCAAGACCCGCAAGCACCGCGGUCACGUCUCUGCCGGUCACGGUCGUGUCGGCAAGCACCGAAAGCACCCAGGUGGUCGUGGUCUUGCUGGUGGUCAGCACCACCACCGUACCAACAUGGAUAAAUACCAUCCUGGUUACUUCGGUAAGGUUGGUAUGCGAUACUUCCACAAGCUCCAGAACCAGUUCUGGAAGCCUGUGAUCAACCUCGACAAGCUCUGGUCGCUCGUCCCACAAGAGCAGCGCGAGAAGGCUCUUGCUGGCGGCAAGUCCGACACUGCCCCAGUCCUCGACCUCCUCCCUCUCGGCUACAGCAAGGUCCUCGGAAAGGGUCGCAUCCCAGAGGUCCCACUCAUCGUCCGCGCUCGUUACUUCUCCAAGGACGCCGAGCGCAAGAUCAAGGAGGCUGGUGGUGUUGUCCAGCUCGUCGCAUAAGCGUUUCACGAUCAACGCUAGAAAAAGCAUGGAUGAUGGGAUGACUUGUUCUGCAUGAGAAGCUGGGAAGAGAAAAACCUGGCGUUCAGGAAAGAUGCCUGCACUGGAGCGGCAAUGUGAUACCCACACCUUCAGCGUGGUCGGCUGAGAGAUGUUUCUGCGUACAGUCAAACAUAGACAAAUGCAAUUCAUCUCUGAACAAACCUUCUGACGUCCUCGUUCGAGGAUGAGCUGUAUCUUGCACUCCCCCCUCAGUGCUUCACUCUGUCAAAGGGCGGCGAUGCGUGGCGUUCUGGCACAUUCUGCCGCGAGUCGCUCUCAUCAUCCACCCGGCGCACAUUUCCGUGACAUCCACUGCCUGCUUUGGGGCCUGUGCAGUGCUCAAUGUCGACUAAAUCAUGCAGACGUUCAUUUGCUAACCCAUGCAGCUCCCUCACAGUUAUAGGGCUGUCUCACCUGGGACACCUCGGCUGGCGAA